CAUGAAGCCGACAGAACACCCUUUAGACCUGUUUUUGCUUCCUGUCUAAGCACUAAUAAUAAACGAUAAGAUUAUAUUAUGAACAUAUCGACACAAACAGGUGCAAGUUGUAAAUCACUUAAGGAUGUGAUGAUAAGACAGGAUUUGCCUGAUUCUAAAGCUUUAGGGGAUUCUGAUUCUUUUUCCAUGACUUAAACUCCUCCAUUCAUAUUCAACUGAUUUUUUCAGGCUGAACUAGUGUUUCAACAGUAAACAAAUACAAUCCCACUCUACCCUUUUCAACAAACUUGUUUUCAAAGCUGAAGAGUUGCAGAAACCAAGAACAUGGGGAUUCUUGGAGACCCACUUGUUGUUUUUCUGAUAUUUUGAGGUUUUGUGCAAGUGUGUUGGCAGAAAAUUAGUUUUUAGCUUCUGGGUAUGCUUUAAGGUGUCAAAGUUUGGAUCUUUUAUACUGGGGUGUUGUGAUUGAGGAGCUGAAAGCAUGAUGAGUUUGUAGUGUUCUUUUGCAGAGAUCUGGUUAAAUGGAACCUCCUACGGGAUUUUGUGCUUCCUUGUCGAGCUUCAUUCGAUUUCUUCCUUUCUUCAUUGGGCUUCUGCUUCUUGGCAACAUCAAAGGUGUCAUUUUCUUCCCAUUGACAUGCUUAAUAAUAACAAUUGGCAACUCUGCUAUCAUACUUGGACUUUGGCCUGCACAUGUUGUUUGGACAUAUUACUGCGUUGUGAGAGCUAAGCACAUAGGGCCUUUUCUGAAGCUUAUUAUCUGCACAUGUGUACUACCAGUGCUGUUGAUUUCAUGGCCGCUGGUUGGUAUUCUUGGAAGCAUUGUAGGUGGAGCCGCCUUGGGAUAUCUUUCACCAAUAUUUGCAACUUUUGAAGCUGUAGAGGAAGGAAAAGAUGAUAAGCUCUUCCACUGUUUCAUUGAUGGUACGUGGAGCACUUUAGAAAGGAGCUGCAUGGUUGUUAGGGAUGUAAGAGAUGUUUGUUUCUAUUCCUACUUUUCAGUUAUGGAUGACCUACGAGAAAAGGGACCUCCAAAUAGAAAAUACUAUGAGAUCAGGCUGCAUUAUCUUCCUGGUGCUUUAAUGGCUACAGUUAUCGGAAUCAUAGUUGAUGUGCCGGUUAUUUCAUUUAUUGCCCUAUGCAAAGGCCCUUACAUGCUUUUCAAAGGGUGGCACCGGUUGUUUCAUGACCUCAUUGGCCGUGAAGGCCCUUUCUUGGAGACAAUAUGUGUACCUUUUGCAGGUCUUGCCAUCCUUCUGUGGCCACUGGCUGUUACUGGGGCAGUUUUGGCAUCCAUGUUAGCAAGUUUCUUUCUUGGUGCUUAUGCAGGGGUUGUUGCAUAUCAGGAAUCUUCUUUCAAGUCGGGCCUUUGGUAUGUCGUUGCAUCUUUGUCUCUUUAUGAUGAAUACUGCAAUGAUAUUCUUGACAUGCCAGAAGGAACUUGCUUCCCUAGGCCUCAAUAUCGGAAAAAGGUUGAUUCAUCACAGAGAACUUCUCGUUUAAAUUCCAUCUCAGGAGGCUCCUCCCGAAAAGCUCCGUCUCGCACAUCUUCAGUGAGAAAUAAUAUUGCCGAGUUGAAAUCACUUGAGCUGCUGGAUUGCUUAUUCAGUGAGUGUUUCCGUGUAGGAGGAAAAAUGAUUUCUGAAGGUCUAAUUACAGGCAAAGAUAUAGAAGAAGCCGGAUCCAGUAAAGGGAGUAGUGUUAUUAGUAUUGGCUUGCUAGCAUAUUGCCUGCUCCAGGGACUCUUGCGCUCUGCGAAAGCCAGUUCAAUGGGUAUAUUGAUCAGUGAUGAUACUGAACUAACAACCUCAAACAGACCAAGUGAGAUAUUCUUUGAAUGGUUCCUUAAUCCGCUUUUGAUCAUUAAGGAACAAAUCAAAGCUGAAAAUCUUUCUGCCUCGGAAGAGGACUACCUCUGCAAAUUAGUUCUCUUAGGUGGUGAUUCCGAGAGAUUGAAAAGCUCAACAAUAGGCCCGGCUCCUGAGUCCGAGGUCAAGCGUGCUGAACUUGAUGCAUUGGCUAGAAGACUGCGAGGGAUCACAAAAUCGAUGACAAGGUUCCCAACCUUCAAGCGUCGCUUUGAUGAUCUCGUAAGAACAUUAUCUGAUGAUCAUGCUGAGAAGCAUGGAGCGCCUGCAAUGACCAGAUCAAAGAGUGCCUUUGGUAGAUUGAUUAGUUUAAAGUCUUUCAGAGGGACAAGAACAAAUGGGUCUGUUCAAGGGUCUCAACAUGUUGCAAGAGACGAAGAAAGUUCUUGAUAAGAAUUCCUUGUUUUAUAUUGUUAACCCAAAGAAGCAAAUUAUCAUGUCACCAGUGCUUUGUUCAAUCCAAAUUUACAUGUACACUAGUUUUUUGUUUUGUAGUUACAUGUACACUAAUUCAUGAUACUGUAAUGUACAAUCAAAGUGUAUAUUUGUGCAAAAUGUGGCCCCAAGUUUAGGCUGUUGUAGACUA